GUUGCGGAAGUGGCCUGUGCUGUUUGCAGAGGAUGAGACCUGCCUGGCGACCGCUAAGGGAAAAGGAGGCGUGAGCUCUGGAUAUGUAAUAGCUUACACAUACACACGCUCACACAAACUCAGGUGGAGAUGGAUGAUUCCGAAACAUGACCCUCUGAGAUCCGUUUCAGUUCCAACAGUUUCGGUUCAUUUCCGUCUCCGGGCUCCAUUAAAACUGGACCGGGCAGGUGGGAGGCAUGGGUGCCCUACAGUCCUCACCUGGUCAGCCAGAAUACAUUGAUCUGGCGGAGAAGACGGGAUUUUCAUUCGAACAGAUUGGAGUCCUGCAUAAAAGAUUCAAACAGCUGAGCCACAAUGAAACAACUCUGCGGAGAGAUCACUUUAAUGAAAUCCCAGAUCUGGCAUGCAAUCCCAUCCGUGCACAGAUCAUAGAGGCUUUCUUUGACAGAAGAAACUACCGUCAGAAUGGCGAGGGGACGGUUGACGAGAUUGGCUUUGAGGAGUUCCUGGUGGUCAUGUCCCAUUUCAGGCCCCCGUCUCUGAACAUGACAGAUGAACAGCGUGAGAGCGUCAGGAAGGAGAAACUGAGAUUUUUAUUCAACAUGCAUGACACAGACAACGAUGGGACGAUAACCCUCGAGGAAUACAGACAUGUGGUGGAGGAGCUGUUGUCACGCAGCGGGGCACUGGGAAAGGAAACGGCAAAAAGCAUUGCUGAUGCAGCCAUGUUAGAGGUGGCCAGUAUUUCAAUGGGUCACAUGGAACCUGAUGAAUUCUAUGAGGGCAUUACAUUUGAGCAUUUCCUCAAGUUGCUGGCUGGCUUUGAAAUCGAAUCAAAAAUGAACAUUCGCUUUUUGAAUAUGGACACGACAACCCUGUGCAAGUGAGGUUGGUACGUUAAACUAUUCAGUGACUUUGGGAAGACUCUGACAACGGAUAUUUCUGGUUUCACUGUAACAGCAACUAUUGCUUGUUUCCUACACCAACUUAUGUCGCUUGCAUUGACUAUAUGCCUUACUAUGAAUAACUAUGCAAAUCUAAAGAAAAUAUUUAUAUUGUAGAUGUAGCAAAGGUAGUUUAUUUGAAUUUAAGCAAUAAUAUGAGAUAAUCACUAAGGUGAUAAACAGCUUAUCAGUAGUUGAACAAAGCAAUAAUCAUAUAUCCAUGUCUGGAGGAACAGACAGUACGACUAUGCAUGCAAAUAUGGAUGCUAAAUGAACCUUUAUAAAUGUUAACGCCAUAAAUCAAUAACUCUCAAUAAUCAGGGAUAUAAGAAUACGUCUUUAAAAAUAUCUAUAUAUGUCUAAAAAUACAAAGAUAAUAUUUUGAAAUGCCUUCACUCUGACACUGCAGCGUAUUUAACGUGGUGCAUAUGCCACACACUACAUUUGCACAAUAAAAGACCCCAUGAAACACA